AAAUUAUUCUAAGUUUGAUAUUCACCUGAAAAUCUGCUGUUCGUUUCUUGCACGUGCGAUUAAUUUUUGACAAUUUGUCAGUGACAAAUAGGAGAGCUAUUCUCGCACAUGGCACAAGAAUGGGUUUCUAAGAUUUUCUCAUAGGAUUUGACUAGUUUAUAUUAUUAGGUUGCUUUGCAUGGACUUUAACAAAUGAUGAACCUAUUUUUCAUAAUGUUAAAAUUGUUCCACGAUAUUGAGAGUAAAUUGGCAUACAAGAUUCUUCGGGUGGUUCGUGGAACAUUAGGUUACGCCGUUGAUGCAACUUUGGACGACAUUUCAAUUCUUCAUGAUUCUCCGCAUUUCGUCGUCAUCAAUAAACAUCGGGAUGUUCUCAUUAAUCAUAGCGACAAAGACGUUCCAGUGACUGUAGAAAAACAACUGGAACGCCUUUAUCCAGAUCUUGUCAACCCAAAUUUGGCCAUGAGUUUCUUUUUCUGUCACCGACUAGAUUAUUCGACGAGUGGGAUUCUAUGCAUCGCCAAAUACAAGAAGGCUUGCGCUGUUGCAGUUGAAUCAUUUGCGCAUAGAAAAACAUCAAAGUAUUAUCUGGCCAUUGUCCGAGGUCACAUUUCUAAAGAUUUGAUCACAGUGAAUGAAGGUAUCGGAGAUGACAUACGACAAAGCUUUCAAAACAUUCGGAUGGCCCUGGCAUCCUCUGACUUCUGCACUGCCAAAUGGCGUAAUGCUACGACCCAUAUUGCCGUCUUGGAGCGAGGGUAUUGCUACAAUUAUCCUGCCACCAAAAUACUCAUGAAACCCAUCACCGGAAGACGACACCAACUUCGACUCCAUUGUAGUCAUUUAGGACACACGAUUGUAGGUGACUACACGUAUAGCAAUAAAAGAGACCUCAGUCCUUAUCGAAUGUUCCUCCAUGCGUACCAACUACUUCUUCCUAACAAAAUUGAACCCUUAGACAUUGUAACUGCCGACCCAUUCACCCCUUGCGACUCUCGGAACAUGUGGAUUCCUCACGAGUUUGUGAAAAGUAUCAGUGACGCCAUGACAUGUCUUAAGAAUCAAGUUUAAAUCAGAGUAGUAGCAAUUUGGCAUAAACACUGUGAUAUACGAGAUACGACGUGAUGAUAAUGCAUAAAUUAAUGCACCAGUUUCAUGUAAAUGCCGUAUCGUUAUUUCCGGCUUUUAUUUAAAAUACAAAUCACAAUAAUCGAAUCAACUGGCCUACAAUUAAGCAAAAACUCUGUUGGAUGUGAUGAACAAAUUUGACGUUUAAAACAAUACGUUAUUCCUUUUCGAAUAAACAAACAUACAUACUGAAAAUCA